CUUCCGCGAAAAGGAGCGCUGCUCGUGUCCGCUCUAGCCGCGACCUCUUCUGCUCCCGAGGGGACUUUGAGGCGUGGGGUCCGGGCAAGAGCUCUUUGGCGGGACGGCGACCGGGGUCAGCAUGAAGCACAUGAAAUUCCUUAAGAACAGGCUGUUUCUCCUACUGACUAGAAUGUAGGGAGUACUUAAAGCUGGUGUGUGGAGAUCCGGUUUGUCCCGCAGUAAGGAACUAGAGCUACUGGACUUGGUCGUGUCAGGUCUUUGCCAUGCACUCUAUUUGCCCCCUCCUCAGGAGGGCUUCCUGCAAGAGCCAACACCUGGCAGUACGGCUUUCUGUCCUACGGGCCUUCUCUGUUCACCUGCAAAAUCAGGUCACUGAAGAAGCAGUAAAUCAGCCGUCAUCACUGGGAGCCAAUGCCAGGAGGAAGGCAAAUCUCAUUCUCAAAACUCCCAAGGGCACCAGGGAUUUUAGCCCCAAGCAGAUGGCCCUCCGGGAGAAGAUCUUCAGCAGCAUCAUCAGCUGCUUCAAGCGUCACGGAGCGGUCACGAUUGACACCCCUGUGUUUGAGCUGAAGGACCUCUUAUUGGACAGUCACUUGGAGCAGUCAAAGCUGGUGUAUGACCUGAAAGAUCAAGGCGGGGAGCUGCUGUCUCUUCGCUACGACUUGACUGUGCCAUUUGCCCGUUAUUUAGCUAUGAACAAAAUCAUGCAUUUUAAGCGAUACCAUAUUGCCAAAGUCUACAGGCGUGACCACCCGUCCGUGGCAAGAGGGCGCUAUCGAGAAUUCUGCCAGUGUGAUUUUGACAUUGCUGGCCAAUACGAUCCCAUGAUUCCUGACGCAGAGUGCCUGAAGGUCAUGCAUGAGAUCCUGAGUGCACUGCAGUGUGGAGAGUUCCUUAUCAGAAUCAAUGACAGGCGUAUUUUGAAAGGGAUCUUUACUGUAUGUGGUGUUCCUGAUGCCAAGUUUGAAAUGGCUUGCUCUACUCUUGACAAACUGGGCAAGGUGAGCUGGGAGGAAGUGAAAACGGAGAUGGUCCAAGAAAAGGGACUUCUGCCUGAAGUCGCAGAGAGUAUUGGCAAAUAUGUUCAGUUCUCUGGGGGAUGGGGACUGAUUGACCAGUUGUGCCAGGAUCCAAAGCUAUCUGAGAGUCAGCUAGCCAUGGAAGGGCUAGAAGAUAUGAAGCUGCUCUUUGAGUACCUUACCUUGUUCGGCAUCAUUAACCAGAUCUCCUUGGACUUGAGUCUGGCUCGUGGCAUGGAUUACUACAGCGGGGUGAUCUAUGAGGCUGUCCUGCUGCACCAGUCAAGCAGCCACUGCAAGGAGCCUAUCCGUGUGGACAGCGUGGCCGGAGGUGGACGUUAUGACGGGCUUGUAGCAUCAUUUAAUCCAAAGGGGCAGAAGGUGCCCUGUGUAGGAGUUAGCAUUGGUGUGGAAAGGAUCUUCUCCGUCAUGGAGCAGAAUAUUGAAAUGUCCAAGGAGAAGAUCCACACAAAAGAGACGCAAGUGCUGGUGGCAGCUGCUCAGAAGAACUUCCUUGCUGGGAGAAUGAAGCUUAUCUCUGAACUCUGGGAUGCUGGUAUCAAGGCAGAAAUGUUCUAUAAGAAGAACCCCAAGUUGCUGAACCAGCUGCAGUACUGCGAGGAAACAGGAAUCCCUCUUGUAGCCAUCCUUGGACAGCAGGAGAUGGACGACGGGGUUGUGAAACUGCGGGAUGUGGCCACCAGGAAAGAGAUCAAUGUUCCAAAGGAGAAUCUCAUAGAGGAGAUCAAGAGGAGACUGGAGAAAUGAUUACUCAUUUUAUAUUUUUAUCUGAACUGUCCUCAGUUUUCCAGGCUGCCUAGCCAUCUGGAUUUGCGGUUGGGGGUGUCUGUCUUUUGCACAUCUGUCUGAGGGAAUGCUGGCCUUCCAAAAGCAUUGAGCUCUACUGUUUUCAUCCUGAAUUGUAUUUAUCUUUAAUAUUUAACUGGCCAUAUUGGCUUUCAGGAAAACUUAGUCCAGCAUCUGUGCUUCUGGAUGUUGUAGCUCUCCAGGAACAGUUGAGCCAGGUGGGUUGUUCACUCUGAACCAGAAUUUGAUGUGGGACUAGUCCAAAGUGUGUGUGUCUCAGGAAUCCUCUCAUGAGAAGUAAAAUCAGCUGUCCAUCAUUUGGUGCCCCCCCCUCAUCUUUGCAGGGAUUCUCUCCAAGGGGGAUUGGAAAACCCAUGUUGCCGUGGUGAAUGCUUCAGGCAUAUUCACAAGGACUGGUUCAGUGAGUUGGGUAUGUAAUUUCUGUACACGAAAGGCAGGGAGCUGCUUCAGCCAGUGUGGGACAGGCAACUUCUGUGAAGCCGAUACAAGCUGCGUGGCUGGCCUUUCCACCGUAAUCGUUGGGGUGUCCCAAUAGAAAAGGUGCCAAUCUCUGCUUGGAAGGCAUCACAUAUUCCAAAGAUGGUGCUGCAGAGCCUUGAAUGUGAUUCCUUGGUCUCUGUUCAGUCUUAGUGGCUGCCCGGGCACCGGAGAACUAGAACAGAUGCAAUUUAUGCUUUGGGGGGGGACUACAUCAUGUUUAAAAGGCUGAAGGACGGUGUUCAUUUUAUUCAUAGUUGCCAUAGUGUUACCUGUCCCUGCUCCUCUGCCAUUAAAAACAGCUCAAUAUACAGCUAUUAAGCAGCUGAGGUCUUUCCUAAUGUGGAGGGAAGUGAUGGGAAAAGUGUCACCUGCUUAGUUUCUUAAGCACGGCAGGGUCUGGGAAAAGGUGGCAAACCUAGUUGCACAGGGCACUUCUUCCCACAGAGCUAACAAUGAAAGGCAGUAUUGCAGGGGUAGGUUUCGUUGCUGCUGUUGAAUCCUGGCACCAUCCGCAUGAUAAGCAGAAGGGCUGCCUGGUCAGUUGGAUGCCAGUGCCCUCCCCCCCCCUUAGCCAAGCCUGAAUAGCCAGCUACUCAAACUCCAUAAGAACUAAAGCUGUAGAAGUUCCAAUGGCAAAGUGUCAUUUUAAAAAUAUGGAGGAGUGGGACAUCUUCUGACCACUAGGUAAAACUACUGAAGGUGACAUGAAGUGGCCAAUGUAUCUGUUGCAUAGUUAAGAUCAUGACAAGUUUGUUUUGCCUUCUCUUUUCCCUAAGACUGAUGUAAAGCUAAUCUUUCUUUCUUUCUUUCUUUCUUUCUUUCUUUCUUUCUUUCUUUCUUUCUUUCUUUCUUUCUUUCUUUCUUUCUUUCUUUCUUUUUCUGUGGCCUUCAAUGCUGCAGAUGAAUCUCAACCCCCGUACUUUAUUUGGGGCAUUUUUUCUCUUUCUGUCGCACUGUAUACCUUGAACAAGGCAAUCAUCCCGUUCUAAUUGAACCAGCUGAAAGGCAUAGUUCCUGUGUGUUCACGCAGAAAGGCUCUAAUAGCUUCAGCUACAGAAAACUGAAAUAGACCCCUUACCACCUCCAAAAUAAAACUUUAGCUGCGAUAAAGUGCUCUCAGUGGUUCCCGUCUUGAGUUCUUUUUGCUAGUUCUGGACAACCACAAAAUAAGUCUGUUUUUAGACUGAAAGGGUUUUUUUUUGUUAGAGCUUUUAAAGUGCAUUGUUACAUCUUCAUUUUUCUCUUUGGAUUCAUAAAGUGAAAUAAGAAAAUUGCCCCCUUGUGGGUAAACGAUGACAUAACUCCUCUCGUAAGCAACAUCUACAGAUGCAUCAAUAAAGAUGCCACAAGACUC